UGACUGGUGACGGAAUCAAUAUCCACCUGCUGUUCAAAUCUACACGCCCGACCGCCCGACCGGUCCGUGAUUAUACUCAAUACCUCGUCAUCACUUGAUGCCUAGAGCAUGGAGUAGCUCAUUGCCCACUCUGCUGCCAAAAAGUCCCCGAGUCGGAUCGCGGGCUGACCAGCGUGUCGAUUGUCCAGUGCGAAUUACUGUGCGCGCACCCUUCAAGUCGUCAUGCCCAUCUUCCUCACAACCCCUCCUGUCAGAGGAAAGUCAAGGCACUGUAUGUAGGUACCCCUCAAUACAUCAUUCCCAACAGAUCCCAGUCUCCGAACUUUUCCCUCCCCCCACGGCCAAUGCAAAUCAAUCAAUAGCAGAUCACCGUGUUCCUGCAUCUGAACCACAUUACCAUCCCCUUCCCCUCCCCAGAGCCAAAAAAAAGACCCGGCCAGAUCCCAAUCCGAAGGAAGGAACAGGUGAGACAUUCCGUCUUACUAAUCUUCCUUGUCCACCGUAAGAGAGGGGAGAAAGGAACGGACGGAAGGGGAGAGGACCAAGAGGGGAAUGAGAUACAGAAAAAGAGUAGAAUCGCUGCAACCCGGCCGAGACGGUGUACUGUACUGUCGACUACGGGAGCGCAGCACAGCACGCUGGUUAAUCUCACCCACAUUUCCACAUUUCCACCUUGCAUGCUUGUGGUGGGAGAGACAGUCGGAAAUUA